AUGGAUGCAAAAGAGCGUAGCCAUAGAAAGCUCAACUUCAAUGCGCCUCUGUUAUCGGUGAGGCGUGCCAGCGGCUUGGUCGGUUCAUCGUCGUUCUCAAAUCAGUUUUCUCAAACUACGCAUUUGAAUAAGCACGUGGAUGCAAUUGAAAGGGUUCCUUUUUCCUGGGAGCAAGCCCCUGGCAAGCCCAAGGAACCAAAAGCAUUAUCAGAAGCUGAUGAUGAUGAUGAUCAUGAUCUAAAUGAUGACAAUGACGACGAUGACGAUUUUUCAGACGCUAUAGACAUUUUCUCUCUGUCUGAUUUGGCAGAUCAAAUGCCGGAGCCAGUGGAGCAGAAAGUUGGUAGAACAGAACAAGUGGAAGGCAGCGGUAAGUGUAGUAGUAGCAGUAUUGGUAGCCAAUCUCCCAACUUUCUCAUUAGCCGAUUUCUUCCGGCUGCCAGUGCGUUGGCUCUUUCCAAUAUUAGUAAAUUGAGUUUGAACAAGGAGGUUGUGAUGCCCCCUCAAUCUCAUCGUCCGUCCUGCGAGUCGCCUAAGAGCUGCGGCCUGGAGGCCUUCUUCCCUAAUUGGCGCAUGAAGCACAAGCUCUGUGGAGUAAAGAACCCUGUCAGGCAUGGGACACCCAGUCGAAAGAACUGUAGUGCCAGAGUGAAAGGCCAUGAAAAUGGCUAA